UCGGCGUGGCUCUCAAGUUCAGCUCUCACCACUUCAACGAAGUAUUUAUUCCCCUGACUCAUGAAUGAAGCCAUCAUUAGCACGCUGGUAUUGCUCGAACAGGUAGAGGACGAUGACAAAUUUUGUGAGUGCCAUUUCUGAAACAUUUAAUUAGUCAUGCUCACUCCUUUUGGUUUCUGAAUUGGUCACAAGUUCAUGAUUUGGGCUGUAAAGUACUAGAAUGCCUACUGUCGAGUUCGAGAACCAGUCACCGAUCAGUCAACGUUUGAUUGUAAUGAUUGCCGUGAACUCGUUUAAACUUGGGGAUUUGAGCGUGUGGUUUCUUUGAUUGAGUUUUAGAAUGCAAUUGCAGAAGAAUACUGGUCAGUGUACAAUCAUUACACACCUUUCUUCAUCCAAAGAAGUCGCGGGGUGCAUCACCAUGUUUACUUUAAAAUCCUGCUAGAUCGAUGGGUUCAUCUCAAAAUCUGAUAAGAACUAUUCUAAAAAACCCAAACGCUAUCACUUGCACCUAUCUCGCAAAACAGUUUCAUGCACAAAUUCUCAAAAUUAAAGGAACAUUUCACUCCGACAAUUCCGUUAUACUUUCAAUUUACUCAAACUUGAACCAUUUACAUGAUUCAGUUCGUGUAUUUGACAGCCUGCAGUCUCCUCGAGCUCUGGCUUGGAAAUCUAUCAUUAGAUGCUACACUUCUCAUGGCCUUUCUGUUCAAUCGUUGGCAUCCUUUAAUGAGAUGCGGGCAUCGGGUAUUUUUCCAGAUAAACAUGUGUUUCCUUCUGUGCUCAAAGCUUGUACAUUGCUGAAGGACUUGAGGUUGGGUGAGUCAGUGCAUGGGUGCAUCAUCCGUCUUGGUCUGGAUUUUGAUUUAUACACUGGUAAUGCACUGAUGAAUAUGUAUUCAAAAUUUCAGAGUUUGGGUAAGUCUUGUAAAAACAAUCUUUCUGCACGGAAUAUGCUUGACGGAUUUACUGAAGAAAAGGAAAAUGCUAAACACGAGAGUCGUUUAUUUAGGUGCAUUGGAUCAAAUGGUGAAAUGGUUUCGCAGUUUUUUGCAGGCAAUGCAGAGAGAGAAGCUGAUGGUAGUUUGAUCUUGAAUUAUAAUAAUUCAUGUAGAUCAGUGAACAAUUCUGAAGGACAGUUCCUCGGCAUCAAUUCUCAUCUAAAAGGUAGUGUCAGAAAGGUUUUUGAGAUGAUGCCAAUAAAGGAUCUUGUUUCCUGGAACACUGUUAUUGUCGGAAAUGCACAAAAUGGGAUGUAUGAAGAAGCACUAACCAUGGUUAGGGAGAUGGGAAAUGCAAACUUGAAGCCUGACACCUUCACAUUGUCAAGCAUUCUUCCAAUUUUUGCAGAGUAUGCUGAUAUUAUUAAAGGAAAAGAAAUUCAUAGCUAUGUUAUCAGACAUGGGUUUGAUGCGGAUGUUUUCAUUGGAAGCAGUUUAAUUGAUAUGUAUGCUAAAUGUACUCAAGCGGAGUAUUCGCUUCAUGUCUUUAACCUCUUAUCUAAGCGAGAUGCCAUUUCGUGGAACUCUAUUAUUGCUGGAUGCGUGCAGAACGGUCAGUUUGAUCAAGGGCUAUGGUUGUUCCGUCAAAUGUUGAAGGAAAAAGUUAAACCAAAGCCUGUUUCUUUCUCAAGUAUCAUACCAGCUUGUGCUCACUUGACAGCCCUAAGUUUGGGAAAGCAGCUCCAUGGAUACAUAAUUAGAAUAGGGUUUGAUGAUAACAAGUUUAUAGCAAGUGCUCUGGUGGAUAUGUAUGCUAAAUGUGGCAACGUUAAGAUGGCCAGGCAUAUAUUUGACAAGAUAGUGAUGCAUGACAUUGUGUCAUAUACUGCCAUCAUUAUGGGAUGUGCUUUGCAUGGGCAUGCCCUUGAUGCUGUUAGCUUGUUUGAGCAGAUGUUAGCAGAUGGAGUAGAGCCAACCUACGUGGUAUUUGUGGCUGUUUUAACUGCCUGUUGUCAUGCUGGAUUGGUAGAUGAAGCGUGGAAGUAUUUGAAUAGUAUGGCAUGUGAUUUCGGUAUUGCUCCUGGCCUGGAGCAUUAUGCUGCUGUUGCAGAUCUGCUUGGUAGAGCGGGAAAGUUGGAGGAAGCCCAUGACUUUAUUUCUGGCAUGAAAGCACCGCCCCCGACAGGAAGCGUGUGGUCAACAUUGCUGGCUGCUUGUAGAGUUCACAAGAAUGUUGAAUUAGCAGAAAAGGUUGUUGACAAGAUACUAAUUAUCGAUCCGGAAAACAUGGGUGCUUAUAUUCUAAUGUCAAACAUAUACUCAGCUUCCCACAGAUGGAAAGAUGCUGCAAAAUUAAGAAUCCAAAUGAGGAAAAGAGGAAUGAAGAAGACACCAGCGUGCAGCUGGAUCGAGGUUAGGAACGAUGUGCAUUGUUUCAUGGCUGGAGAUGAAUCCCAUCCAGAUUAUGACAAAAUAAACGAGGCAUUGAAUGUGUUAUUGGAGCAGAUGGAGAAAGAAGGUUAUGUCGCUGACACUGAUCAGGUUCUCCAUGAUGUUGAAGAGGAUCAGAAACGAUUCUUGUUACAUACCCACAGUGAGAGACUUGCCAUAGCAUAUGGCAUUAUUAGCACUCCUGCUGGCACAACAAUUCGUGUAAUCAAGAAUAUUCGGGUUUGUGUGGACUGCCAUACGGCGAUUAAAUUUAUUGCAAAGAUUGUUGGGAGGGAAAUCAUUGUGAGGGAUAAUAGCAGAUUCCACCAUUUCAAUAAUGGACAUUGUUCAUGUGGAGAUUUUUGGUGAAAUAACAAUUACGAUCGAGAAUUCCGAAAUUCAUCCUUUGCAAAGGAUAGCCAGUGCCAGUUUAGGAAGUCCAAAUUGGGGCAGUAUCUCAGGUUUAACAUCUGGUUUUAACAUCUGAGCGAGUGAUUUCUAUCCCAAUCAUCUUUUGACUUGGAACAGGACAUUCAUCAUCCUACACAUCGCUGGUUCCAAAAGCUACCAAUCUUUUUCGGCCAAAAGUCGCUGAUCCGCAUCACUAGAAAAGCUCUGCUCAUGGACUGGAGAGCUGAGAUACGCCACACAGAGAGAGAGCAGUGUUUGUGCAAGUUACUUCGCCACUCAGUCUCUCCCUCUAACGAUUGGGAAGCAGUAUCUCCACUAACCGCCCCCGAACUGAACAAUUGGUCUCUCCUCGAUGCUGACAAGAGUGGGAUCUUACAUCCAAGAAUUGUGCGUUAUGAUGUACUUCACUCCAAUCAAUUGUUUGAGCUUACAUAUUGAAAACAAUGUCAUAGUCCUAAAUAGAUUGUAUUUGAAGAUCA